AUGGAAGAAAUGAAGAAGGAAAUCAAUUUGGACUCAAUAUUGGACAGUCUGGGUCCAUACGGGAGGUACAAUCUCUUGAACUAUGUGCUACUUCUCUUUCCUGUUCUGCUCAGCAGCUUCUUCGAAUGUGGGUUUAUCUUCGAAGCUCAGGAGCAAAUAUAUAGAUGCGAAGUGAAUGGCUGUGAACACUUCAGUGACACCUCGUGGCAGAGCUACGCCAUACCAAUGAAUGAAAAAUUAGGCAAGCUGGAAUCUUGCAAGAUGUACAAGCCGUUGAACGGCAGUGACUUCCAGUGCUUAAGGGAAAAUUUCUUAAAUGAAACAAUUUUAUGUGAUUCUUAUAUAUAUGAAAAUAACAACUCACUUGUUAAAGAGUUCAGUCUAGGUUGCGAGGAUUGGAAAAGAGCGUUGGUUGGUACCAUCCACAAUUGUGGCAUGUUCGUAGCCAUGUUGUUCACUGGAGCGGUUUCAGAUCGCUUCGGAAGGAAGGUGGCAGUUGGCUUCGCGGCGGGAUCCAGCCUGUUAUUCGGCUUUUCCAGAGCAUUCUCGCCAAAUUAUCUGACGUAUGUGGCGCUGCAUUUCUUGGAAGCCGCCUUUGGUGGAGGACUAUAUCCUUCGGCAUACGUUUUCAUUGUCGAGCUAGUUGGCCUUAAGCAGCGAGUUUUCGUCUCAGCUAUGUGUAAUAUGACCUUCGUGAUUGGUGUGGUAUUGAUCGCACUCCUUGCUUGGUGCAUCGACAACUGGCGAACAUAUAUCAUGAUCCUGUACGCUCCAGCUGUAAUAGUUCUUGUUUAUAUCUGGUUCAUGAAUGAAAGUGCACGAUGGCUACUCAGCAAAGGCAAAAGAGAGAAAGCUAUAUCAGUACUUAAAAAAGCGGCUAAAAUUAAUAAUUUAGACCCACGGCAACUCGAACUGGAAUCCUUAGGAGAUCCAUUACUGAAAGCAGAGAGUCAAACCACAGAUAAAAAAUCUCAGUUUUAUAAAGCAGUACGGUCUAGUAUCAUAUGGAAGAGGUUGAUUAUUUGCUCGUUUUUGUGGAUGACGUGCUCUUUAGUGUACUACGGACUAUCAAUAAAUUCUGUGUCGUUAAGCAGUAAUCGCUACGUAAGUUUUAUGCUGGUGACUCUAGUCGAGAUUCCGGCGUACAUCGUGGUUGUAAUCGUUCUGGAUAAAUAUGGAAGGAAGAGGACAUUGAUGACUACCUUUAUCAUAUGUGGAAUAACUAUGUUGCUGUUUUCUUUCUUGCCGAGAUCGGACUACUGGUCAAUUCCUCUGUACCUGCUCGCGAAAUGGGCUGUAACUCUCUCCUACAGCUCCGUCUACAUCUACGUAUCUGAAGUAUUCCCUACAAACAUGAGACAGACCCUCAUCAGCAUGUGUUCUAUGGCUGGAAGGAUCGGCUCACUUGUGGCACCAUUAACGCCGCUAUUAUCCCUGUAUCAUAAAUCAAUGCCGACAGUCAUUUUUGCUGGAAUGGCAUCAAUAUCUAGCAUGCUGGUUCUUAUGUUACCAGAAACCAAGAACAUGAGACUACCAGACACUAUUGAGGAAGCCGAAGCACUAUCUAAACGAAGAAAUAAAAACUGA